AUGGACAAGAUUCAGAACAUCUUUGCUGGCCUGAAUGAGAAAGAGAGGCUUGGGUUUAUCGACACGUCCCAACCGUCACUCUACGUGGCGGCGGCGGCAAUUGCGUUCAAUCCAAUCUUUUGGAACAUCGUCGCCCGACAGGAGCACAAAACCCACUUUUUGACCAAGGCCUUUGGUUCACCUUAUUAUGGCUGCUAUGCUCUGGCAGUGACUAUCUUCGCCAUCGGCGUCGUUCGAGACUCCCUCUACAAGACCGCACUGGAAGAGCAGCCAAUCUACCUCCCAUUAUAUCAACCGGAACUCGGCGUGGCCCUGUUUCUCACUGGCAAUGUCCUCGUGCUGUCCAGCAUGUACGCACUGGGCGUCACCGGGACGUACUUGGGAGACUACUUUGGCAUCCUGAUGGAUCACAAAGUUGAGGGAUUUCCGUUCAACGUCACCGACGCACCAAUGUACUGGGGGAGUACGCUGUCGUUCUUGGGCACGGCCUUGUAUUACGGGCGCACGGCCGGUGUGCUACUGACCCUGGAAGUGUUUGUGAUGUAUCUCGGUGCAUUGCGAUUCGAAGAUCCCUUCACUGCCGAAAUCUAUGCGAAAAGAGAAAACAGGCCUGUGACCCGGUCUAUGACGAAGCAGAAGGAACGAAAGAAGGCGUAA